AUGAUGAACGCGACAUCACAGUCUACACUGCUGCGCAGUCUACAGACGGCCACCCGAGCUAGGCCGGCGCUCCGUAGCCUAGCCCGACCGUGUCCUCGCCGACCGUUCUCGUCGACCCGACCUCGGGCGUCAUCCGAGAGACAUCCGGUCGACAGUCCGGAAUUCGUGUCCGUGGCCGACGCAGCUCCCAAGCUCGUACGAGCCGGUCGUCGACAUGGAAUAGGCCUACUCUUCCUAGGCGUCAUCCCGGUCACGGCCUUCUUCCUGGGAACAUGGCAGGUGAAGAGGUUGGGAUGGAAGACGGAGCUGAUUGCCAAGUUCGAGGACCGCCUCGUCCGCGAGCCGCUACCCCUCCCGCCCCGGGUCGACCCGGACGCCAUCCACGACUUUGACUUCCGCCGCGUCAUCGCCACCGGGACCUUUCGACACGAUCAGGAGAUGCUCAUCGGCCCUCGCAUGCGCGACGGACACGACGGGUACAUGGUCGUCACGCCGCUCGAGCGUUCGGGCGGUGCGUCCACCAUCCUCGUCAACAGGGGCUGGAUCAGCAAGGAGCACCGCGACAAGCGCACCAGACCAGACGGCCUGCAGACCGGCGAGGUCACGGUCGAGGGCCUCCUGCGCGAGCCCUGGAAGAAGAACAUGUUUACACCCGAGAAUAGGCCCGAGAAGGGCGAGUUUUAUUUCCCCGACGUCAAGCAGAUGGCUGAGCUGACCGGGAGUCAACCCGUCUGGGUCGAGGCUACCAAUGAACCCGAAUUCAUGCAAAUGGUCGACUAUGAGAGGCGCGGCAUCCCAUUCGGCAGGGCAGCCGAGGUCAACCUGCGUAACAACCACGCCCAGUACAUUUUCACCUGGUACGGGCUUGCAUUCGCAACAUCCAUCAUGCUGUACAUGGUGGCCAAGAAGCCUUCAUCAGAGGUAGCUCGUCGCGCCAGCCGGGCCUACCGCAAC